UCAUUGAGCCGUCACCUGUCCUGAAACAAAACAUUGAAAAUCCAUUUUUAAUUAGAAUGGCACCAUAAAGAUCCGAAACUGACCAUUAUUAAAGUGCAGUAUAUAAAUUAGCAAAAAACCACAAUGUUUGCCAAGCCCUUCAAGGUCAAAUCCAACAAUAGCCUUAAGAAUUCAGAGAAGAAGCAUCUAGUGCAGCGGAUACUAAAUGAGUUUCCCUCGGCUACAGAAGAGGUGGCGAAAGAGUUGGUGCACAUGAAAAGCAGUUGCAGCUGCGUGAAGGUGACGGCGCACAGCGGGGAGGUGUUGGACGUGUACGUGGUGAACGGGGUGGCGAUGCUGGUGGAUGCGAGGGGCGCGCUGUUGCCGACGGUGGCGGCGCUGUGGCGCGCGCCCGGCCUGCUGCCCACGCUCACUGUGCACGAGCCGGUGCUCGCUAAGAUCCAAGGAGGAGCCCCAUUGUACCUGCCGGGGGUGGUAAUACCGACUGGCGGCACUGGCUUUCCUAUGUUCGCGCGUGGGACUCCCAUAGCGCUGCGGACAACUGACAAUGCGGCCGCCGCUGCUGUAGGACGCGCCGCGCUCGCGUCCGGGGAGAUGCUGAUGAAAAUCGGUGGCGUAUGCGUAGAGAUGGUCCACUGGGUGGGCGACACGUUAAGCCGCGAGCCUAAGUUCGGUCGUCUUGAGAGACCGAGAGUAGACCCGGCACUAGCCCCUGCACCACCUCAGGCUGCUGAUAGACUGGCUGACCAGUUACACCAGGUGCACAUCAAGCAGGAGGAGUGGCCGGCGCUCGGCCGCGGGCCCGCCCCCUCCCCCUGCCCCCGCGCAGCCCCCGCCCCCGCCCCCGCCCCCGCCCCCGCGCCCGCGCCUGUACGGCAGGACUCGACUACUGACGUGGACUCACCGGAAACUGAGCAUGCAGCCGAGUCCAUGGCGCAGGCGCACGACGGGGUCCCUCAGGACAUGGACGGGCUGCUGGAGUGGGCGGUGCUGCGCUUCCUCAAGCUGCACGCCCGGAGUGUGCAGCUGCCCCUCCUCUCCAGCCUGCUGUACAGGAAUUAUUUGCUGCCCCUCUGUCCUCCGGACCGAACGAUGGACGUCAAAAAGUCUUCCUAUAAAAAAGUGGGAAAGUUCUUAGAAGCUAUGCAAAAGGAGGGCUACCUGCAAGUCCGCGAGCUGGAGAAGGGCGUGGACGCCGUGACCGCGCUGCACCCGCUGCACCCGCGCGUGCGCAGCCACGCCCCGCCCGCGCUGGCCCCGCCCCCGGCCGAUGAUGAUGAUGGCGUGGAGUACGCGCCGCCGCUAGUGCGGGAGAUGGUCUCCGUCACUGCGGCCGUCUCAGACUUACUGUCGCUCAAAAAAGGGUCCCUGCUGUCAGCAGCCGAGCUGCGCGCUUCGCUGACGGAGUACGUGAAGGCGCAAGACCUGACCGCACCCAAGCAAAAAGGUGCCAUCGUACUGGACGCCAAGCUCGCCAAGGUUCUGCAGGCGCAAGAACAGGAGAUCAUAAAAUGGGACGCGUUAAUGGCGGGCGUGCAGGCCAAGCUCACGCCGUGCACGGAGAUGAGGUUCGCGGACGGCACGUGCACGCUCACCAAGGCCAAGUUGGACCCCAUACGGAUGCAGGUCGCCAACCGCAGCGGGAACAAGAAGGUGACGCUAGUAUCAAACCUGGAGGCUUUCGGGUUCACCCUCCCCGAGCUAGCCCGGGCGUGCCAGCGCGGCGCGGCGGCCUCGUGCGGCGUGACGCGCGCGCCCGGCUCCAAGUCCCACCAGCUCAUGCUGCAGGGCGACCAGCAAUACUAUGUGGCCAGACUGCUGAUAGAGAAGUAUGGGCUACCCAAGAAGUUCGUAGAAGGAGCCGACAAGGCUCUCAAGAAAAAGAAGGGCAGCUAACCUCCGCACCACUCGCCACUACACUACACUACUGACCCGUGAUACUAACUGUGUAAGGAAGAAUCAAUAAAAAUAUGAACUUCUUAAAAUUAUCUAUUUAUUAAUCUCUUAUCCUAGUUUCUUACAAUAAUAUAUGAUCUAAUUAAUUUUAGAUUUAAAAUAUGGCAUCUGUAAUUCUGUAUAAAAAUAGAUUUUAUAAACUUUUA